GUAUUGUCUAUUUUCCUAGAUUCUCAUUCAUUGUUAUUGUUAUUUAUUUCGUUUAAUUUGCUCUGUGAAUCACGUUGGGGCUGCAUAUUUGCAUAAAAGGUGCUAUAUAAAUACAUAAAGUUUGAAUUUAGAUGAUAAAAAACCGCUGCAGAUGUGCUAAGCGCAAUAAAAGCUGCAAAAAACAACAUUGAAAGCUAUUCUCACGGCUUUCUUUACUUGUCAUAUUUGCCAAAUAAAUGACAGAAUGGAUUUUUCUUCUUUUUAUACGACGAGACGAUCCAUUUAAUCAUUCACUUUAUUUGGCCCUCGCUGCUGAGAUAAAGGUUUAAUAAUAUCCACAUGAAAUAUAAUAUCAGUGGCAGUAGGUCUGUCGUUGCUCAGCUGUCCAGCCUGAUCACAUGGUAUGCUUUGCGCAUGCGUAUGGUGUGUAUGUGCUUAUGGAGAAGAUGCCCACUGCCAUCAUCCCCGUGUAGUGCAGGAGAGCAACACACCGGUCAGAUUUACCGCAGACUCUGUUGUCUUCCAGCACAGCUGCAUGUUGUAGUCUGACACGAGAAGCCUGAUGUCUGUGGCAAAUGCGAAACACACUGUCCUGAACCCGGUGAUCCCAUACACAGGGCCCAUACCUGGAGGCCUGCACCCUGGGGAGAUCAUCAUCAUCCAGGGCACUGUGCCCCCAGAUGCUGACAGGUUUCAGAUUGACUUGUCGAGCGGCUGCAGCACCAAGCCGCGCUCUGACGUCGCCCUCCACUUCAGCCCUCGCUUCAAAGGCUCCCCAUCUGUAGUAUGUAACUCCCUGCUGAAGGAGAACUGGGGCAAAGAGGAAACACUCCAUCAGCUGCCCUACAAACGUGGGGCACCCUUUGAGACAAUCAUCCUGGUGCAUGAAGAUGUCUUCAAGGUGGCAGUAAAUGGUGCUCACUUGUUGGAAUACAAGCACAAAAUCCCGUUAAACAGAGUCGACACAUUUUCUAUUUGUGGGAAAGUUAGGGUGCACGCGAUUGGCUACAUCCCAAACUCAGCAAUAUAUUCAGAAUCAGGUGACUUGAGCCUCCCUUACAAAGGUAGCAUACUCAAAGGACUGAGUCCCGGACACCACAUCACAAUCAAAGGACAGGUCAGCAUGUAUCCACACAGUUUUACAGUGAACCUACGAAACAGCAGGACAGAGAACAUCGCUCUUCAUCUGAACCCUCGCAUGAAGUCGGGUGUGUUCAUCAGGAACUCGUACCUGAGUGAAUCCUGGGGUCAGGAGGAGCGGGAGCUGCCCUUCUUUCCCUUCUCGUCAGGCGAGUACUUUGAGAUUCUCAUCCUCUGUCAGCCGCAUCAGUUCAAGCUGGCAGUGAACGGCUCACACUUGUUUGAGUUCAGACAUCGGGUGCAGGACCUAAGCAGCAUAGACCAGCUGGAGAUCAUGGGGGACCUGGAGCUCACUGAUGUGAAACUGUGGUGAUUCAGGACUCUAGACUUACACAGAAGCCAGUGUUGCAGUCACUGUUGUGUUCUGGUUAUUGAUGCUAAAUCAGCUUAGCCGCAAUGACCCACACAAUGGAUGCUGAAAAUAGCAAAGCUCUGUUCUGACUUUAGGUCAGGUCAGUCUUGCAGCAACCACAGGUCACUGAUUUUAAGCUAUCCAAGCAUUUUUGGUGACCAAGGACCACGGACAGGCCAUACCAUGGAGUAUUAACGGUCCAUGUUUUCAGCCCCGGCUAGACGACUGAUGCAUGAGAGUUUAGCUGUGCUGGAUCAUCAGGCUGUGAGCCACCAUGAUUGUUUACAGCUACAAGUUAGGUUUGCCUUGGUUCAAUUCUUAUACUGUCUCUAGUGCAUCUCUGCUGUGAUACAUCCUUAGUGCACUGUACAAUUCAAACAGGAAAUGUGUGUAAAUGUUAAAAAAGUAUUCAAGUGAUGGCUUUGUUUGAAUGCCAGGACAGUCAGCGAAUACGAACAAUGAAUGAAACAAAAAAGGAGCGAGGCAGAUUUACUGUACAGCUAAUUUAAAACAGCUUCAAAGUAUUUCACAUCAUUACUAAAUAAUUAGUAGUGAUUAUAUUCUUUUCUGGGGCAGGGAUUGAAAAAUGUUUAAUGUAUGGUUUAACAUUUUUUUUAACAUAGAAUUUUAAUUAAAUAGAGCCUGCUUACAUUUCAUUAUUAAAAAAAAAAAAGUCUGUUAUAAAGGUCGUAAUCCUCAGGAUUGUUUAACACACAAGCGUCCCAUGCACUCGACAUUUAAUUCAACAUGUAAUGGUGCAGCAGAACUCAAGCACAGAUCAGUACAGGGUCAGUUUAAAAUAACUAUUUCAAUAGUCUAACAAAUGACAUUCUGCAAUCUUUAUGCAAGCUAUAGAAUAUAUUAGCAUCCUGCAUCUGUGACCACUUCUUGUCUCCCACUCAGUGAUCAAUCCUGCUAAUAAAAAUAAAACUAAUAUAAAACCUGGGAUGUUUCUUCUCCAGUAUCAGUGUUUUUUUUUUGUUUGUCUGUUGCAAUUGUUGUAAAAUAUGUAUGAAAAAAUCUUCUAUGUAUCAUAAAUGAUUUAAUAACAAAAUAAAUGUGUUAUUAUCAUUUUGUAUGCACUGUUUAAUGCGUCUAGAUGGUUCGCUUCAAGCCUGCAUGUAUAAUGUUUCGCCACCAGGUGGCAGCAAAAUAGGCUGCAAGAUAUUUUCACGUUGAAGUUGAUAAAACUGGCUGAUUUAUACAACCUGAAUCAACAUUAACAUUCAUUUCAGUGAAUCCCUGAUGAACAUGGGUCCAUUAUUCACUCACUUUAACUCUGUUCUGCAGAAAUUCACAGGUCUAAAGGCUAAUCGUGGCUUUUUUUCUUCUUUUUUUUGCACCAGCUCGUCGCUUAACUUUGUCUUACAUCAGUUGGGUGCUGGCCAAGUCAGUUUUUUGACUGUUCACAUGGUUGAUGACAACACACAGAAUGAGCUAGAAACCACUCUCUAGAGCUGAGGGGAACGCUGCAAGCUCUUCACUAGAACAACCCUUUUUCAUUUCAUGAAGUAAUUUCAUGUUUUUCAUACAGAAAUAUGAAAAACAUGAAAAAUAUACAGAAAUUGGUUAGUGCAGCUUAAAGUUACAUAACAGAGCAGUGGUUCCCAACCUUUUUCAUUAAGGACCCCCUUUUCUAUCACUGAGUAUGUUGACCACCCCUGACUAAGUGACAUUUUAUGGAUAUUUCAUGAGAUAUUCAAUAAAUUACACUAACAGCACAAAGCAACUGAUAAACUAGUUUUUCUGAUAUGUAUUUUUUUUUUUAUUAUAACAAUUAUACAUAAUGGACUUAAACUUUAAGACUUUACAGUCCCUGAUGUUUGGUCAUUGUUCCAUAAGAUCUUUAGUUGUUUUAACUUUGCACUUUUCCAAUCUAAUCGAGACUCAGAAUGAAGCCGCCUGCACUCGAUGUUGAUGUUUUAUGGUCAGUAAAAUGUAGUUUAAUGUUAAGAACAUAAACUUUAUUUUCAACUGCAGUACCGCUGUUCAACCACAAGGUGGUAAAAAAGAAUCAAAUGUUGAUUGAGCUGCCAGUCAGUGAACCCUGAUGUGUUGUUUUUUUCUGUUUCAUAUCACCUCCAUACACAUUACAGGAAAAUGAGUUCUUGUAGUGUGGAUAGGUGCUUGAGCUAUUACUGCAAAGACUUCUGUCAGGAAGAACGGGUGAUUUAGGGGCAUAAAGAAUAAAGCUAGAAUUGUUUAGCAACAUUCACACCCAAUGACCACAGAUUCAUCUACGUUCCAACCCUCAGCUUUGGGUAGUGACGGAAGAGCGACCAUGGAUACAAGCAGUCGAAAUGAGCUUGGUCCGCCAGGUGGUUAGGCAUCUGAUUAGGGUGCCUCCUGGGCGCCUUCCUUUGGAGCAUGUCCAACUGGUAGGAGACCCUGGGGCGGACCCAGAACCUGCUGGAGGGACUACAUAGCUGAUUUAGCCUGGGAACGCCGCAGGAUCCCUCAGGAGAAGCUGGAAUGCAUUGCUGGGGAGAAGGACAUGCUGGAACAACCUGCUAAACCUGCUGUCACUGCGACCCGACCUCGGGUAAGAAGAAAACGGAUGGAUGGAAAUGAUGGGACCACAGGCAUCAGCACACAUUAUGUCUUUUAACCUCAAUAUUAAUGCAACUGUAUCUGAUAAAAAGUUGGUGUUUUAUUAAUAUCCACAGGAAAUAUAAUAAUUUGUAAGAUUUGUAAUAACCAUGGUACAGUACAACAGUCUCUUAAUUUUUUUUUAACAUAGAAAAAGCAGGAUGAUAUGCAAACAUGACAUCAACCAUUGCACUGCUGAGAAUGUCCAAGGAAAAAAGGCAAAAAGACGCUGUCCAAUCAGCAACAGGCAAAUAGGCUAAAGUUUGUUUUACCCAAAAAAA